AUGGGCGGUCGACCCUCUCUUUCACAGCACAUAUUAUCAGAUCAAACCCUAAUACCUCCUCGGCUGCUUUGCCCUGUCCAUUGCUGUAAAGUCCCGUUCUUUUGCUCUAAUCCUGCAAAGGAGAAACUGCUGAUCAUCAACAAUCCCUUGGGGCCUUUAGGGUUUUCUUGUAUUCAAUCAAGCUGUACCCUAAGGCUCAAUUUGGCUUUCAGAAGAAUUGAUGGAACUGAAAAGGAAUGCUUAAAGAGGUCAAAUUUGUACACACGGUUGCUAUUGUUGAGAUGGCAUAGGUCCUAAACUACACAAGCAAUGGAGUCAGAACCUGGGAGUGGAAAUAUUAAGCAUUCUACGGUGCCUACUGAGUCUUCUCAUGCUAAUGGUGAUCCAGUUGUUAAAGGAAAACUGUCACGUUCCUCUUCUUCGUCAUCUGAUUCAUCUUUUGAUCCUUUAACUGAAUCUGACAAUGGCAAAAAGGAAGUUCUUGAUAAUUCUAAUUUAUUGCCUGAAGGUUUGUCUCAGACACCCGAUUGGAGCAUGGUAAGUUCAUCGCCAAGGGCUGGACCAGGACCCUUAUCAUCACCAGAACAUUCCCUUCAGAUUCCAGAGUGGAGAACGCUAAGUGCAUCUCCAAAGCAAUCCCCUCCUACACAAAUGAUGGGGCGAGCUGGUUCUGAGUAUGACCCAAAUAGAAUUCCGUCAUCCGUUUUUGCUAGCAAACCUUCCACACCUAUGGAAUGGAGCGUUGCUUCAAAUGAGUCAUUGUUUAGCAUUCACAUGGGGAAUAACAGUUUCUCUAGAGAUUAUGCUAUUAUGUUGUACAAGUCUGGAGAACUAACCAAGCCUGAUGAUAUUAACAACUUUAAAUCCAACCAACGACCUGUUACUGAAGCUAAGUCCAAUGAGUUGAACAAUGCACCAUCUAGCCUGCCCACUGUAAAUGAAGUAGCAUCCGACAAUCACGGGAGUGCUAGUAAUGCGGAGGACUCUCAUGUAAAAGCAUCAGCAGAUGAAAUGCCAAAGGAAACUCAGAGUAAGGGAAGCAGGCCUCCUUCUGAGGGGAUCCAUAUUUCAACAAGUGAUUCGAAUGUGUCUGAUGGUAAAGAAACGCCUCCUGCUGAUGGUGUACAUACUUCUGCUAGCACCCCUCGCCUUUCUGAUGAGAGUGGUAACAGUAGCAGUUCCUUUGCAUUCCCAGUAUUGACCGGCGAAGCUGGAAAAAUUCCCUCAGUGAAGGUUGCUCCUGAAAAUUUACAGUCGAACCCCCCUGAGAAACCAGAAUCGCAGCCACAAGCCCCGGUGGCAAACCCCCCAAAACCUGCUGAGACGAAAUGGUUCUCUUGCUUCCCUUGUUGCUAGCUUGGCUGUUGAGACAGUGAAUGCCUCCUAACUUGUUCUCCUGAUUUGGAGAUCUGAAAUUGGGCCUAUGACUACAAGUUUAUUGCACUUUUUUAAGCAUAAUGAGUCCAAUAAAAAAUGAGAAGUUUCGGAGUUUGAAGCUAAUUAUUAACCGUUUCUGUGUAUUUGUUGGGUCAUACAGUUUCCUUUGCAUGUUUGUGCAUCUGAUGUUGAGCAGUUGGGUUUUAGUUUGUAGCUAGACUAUAUGAAUCUGUAUGAGGCGGAUUUGGAUUCGGAUUGUCCAUUAUCGGAUCUGUUAAAUUCGGAUUGGAUUCUUCUAGAUCUGCUCUAAAUCCGAUCCGUUGACAGGCCUAGUCUAGCUAUUUUUAUUAGUCGUCUGUCCAUUUUAAUCUGCAAUUCAUGGUUCUGAUGGAGUUUUUAAUCAGUCAAAUAAUGUGGUCUACAGUCCUUUAUCCUU